AUGAGGCAGGAUCCCCAAAAGUACCCAGACUACCUAGAGGCGACCGCCAAGACGCAGUUCACAGGGGCCGAUCAGAGGACAUGGGGCGAGAAUUGGCCGGAGCUACAGCUUGCGAUAAACACGAGGGUUCGCGGAGACCACCGGAUACUCGCCGGCAUUUAUAACGCAGGGAAGAGAACCGGAGGGUGUACACAGACGCCCGCAGAAAACGCGGAAAAACUGAAGGAGAUCUUCGAACUGGUGCGGAGAAAUAUGGAAAAGGCAGCGCCACUACAAUCUCCGAAGGAGGCCGUGGAAACCCAAAGUGGGGGAAACUGUAUGGGCCAAAGAGCACCACCUGUCGAAAGCAGUCGAGGGCUUCGCGGCGAAACUGGCACCAAGCCACCGUUGCCGCCGACACCACUGCCGCCACCGACGCCGCAGCAACAGCCACAGCCGAAGCCGGAGCCACAACAACAAGGGUUGCCGCAGCCACAGACGUCGUUACCUCCGACGUCGCCGCCGACGCAGCCGCAUACCCCACCACCGCCACCGCAGCCAGCACCGCCAACGCAACCGCAUCCAACACCACCACGCGCACCGACACCGCAGCCAGCACCACCCAUGCCGCCGCCAGCAGACGCUGCGCACGAUCGGCAUGGGCGGCCGCCGGUGGCACCAGCAGACCGGGUGGUCGAGGAGACAGAGACCCAGGCAGGCAGACGGCAUAAGGACCGCUGGGCCAAACUGUUCAUGCUGAACGGCCAGCGGUUCCGCCUAAAGGUGCGUCGCGGCGUUGAAAUAAGGGUGUACGUACCCCAAUAA